GCUUAUCCAAAGACAAUUAUCAGUAUCUGCCCUAACACUCGUAUAAAUCGACUCUCCCUCCCUCCAAUUUCUCCCCCAAUUACGUCCAGGAACCCUAGCUGCGGAGCUCACACCUGCACACACCUUCACACCACAUUCCAGAGCAUCCACCGGCAACCAUGGCGGACGUCGAACCCGAAGUAGCGGCUGGACUGCCGAAGAAGAGAACAUUCAAGAAGUUUAGCUUCCGCGGCGUUGAUCUCGAUUCUCUACUUGACAUGUCGACCGAUGACCUCGUCAAGCUUCUCAGUGCCCGCGCCAGAAGGCGCUUCCAGAGAGGUUUGAAGAGGAAGCCCAUGGCCUUGAUCAAGAAGUUGCGCAAGGCUAAACGUGAAGCCCCAGCAGGUGAGAAGCCUGCUCUCGUGAGAACCCACGUGAGGAACAUGAUCAUUGUUCCCGAGAUGAUCGGAAGUGUUCUUGGAGUGUACAAUGGAAAGACCUUUAACCCCGUUGAAAUUAAGCCUGAGAUGAUUGGGCAUUACCUUGCUGAGUUCUCAAUCUCAUACAAGCCAGUCAAGCACGGUAGGCCUGGUAUUGGUGCCACCCACUCCUCCAGAUUCAUUCCUCUCAAGUAAAACCUCUGCAUGGUGGAUGGUCGACCAAAACCUAUUAGUGAGUUAUGCUAAUUUUGCAUAUUGGAUUAUACUUAUUUCAUAGUAUUUUUUAAUUACAGUAUAUUUUUUAAAAAAGUUGAGCUUAAAGACAUGUAGUUCGGUCGAAACUGAUUUUUAAAUUUUACAAUGAUAAUAAUGGUAGUUUUUAGAUCA